UUUCCAGUGGUCAGCAAUAUCUUCCUCUUACACAUCGACGUGUCAGGCAAAGAAAGUCCAAAAAAUAUAUAAUUUAUCUGCACUCUCACUUUUAGUCCCGACAAAAUUCAGAAACUGAAAGUAGUCCGUACGCCACACCACACACAACCACCACCAGCAAGAUGGUUCUCGCGGAUUUGGGACGCAAGAUAACGACGGCGCUGCACUCGCUCAGCAAGGCGACCGUAAUCAAUGAGGAGGCCCUAAAUUCCAUGCUUAAGGAGAUUUGCGCGGCCCUCCUGGAAGCCGAUGUGAACAUCCGGCUGGUAAAGCAGCUGCGCGAGAAUGUCCGCGCCGUCAUUGACUUCGAUGAGAUGGCUGGAGGUCUAAACAAACGUCGGAUGAUCCAGUCGGCCGUGUUCAAGGAGCUCGUCAAACUGGUCGAUCCCGGUGUGAAGCCCUACCAACCCAUCAAGGGAAAAGCUAACGUGAUCAUGUUUGUGGGUCUUCAAGGAUCCGGAAAGACCACAACCUGUACCAAGCUGGCCUAUCACUACCAAAAACGCAACUGGAAGUCCUGCCUCGUGUGCGCCGAUACCUUCCGUGCCGGUGCCUACGAUCAGAUCAAGCAGAACGCCACCAAGGCUCGCAUUCCCUUCUACGGCAGCUACACGGAAAUCGAUCCCGUGGUCAUUGCUCAGGAGGGCGUGGAUAUGUUCAAACGCGAGGGCUUCGAGAUGAUCAUCGUGGACACCUCAGGUCGCCACAAGCAGGAGGAAUCCCUGUUUGAGGAGAUGUUGGCCGUGUCGAAUGCGGUUAAUCCCGACAACAUCAUCUUCGUGAUGGAUGCCACCAUCGGACAGGCUUGUGAGGCUCAAGCGAAGGCUUUCAAAGAUAAGGUCGACAUUGGUUCGGUGAUUAUCACCAAGUUGGAUGGCCAUGCCAAGGGAGGUGGUGCUCUUUCUGCCGUUGCCGCCACGCAGUCCCCCAUUAUCUUCAUUGGCACGGGCGAGCAUAUCGACGAUCUGGAGCCCUUUAAGACGAAACCCUUCGUGAGCAAGCUGCUCGGUAUGGGCGACAUCGAGGGGCUGAUAGACAAGGUGAACGAAUUGAAGCUGGAUGGCAACGAGGAGCUUUUGGAGAAAAUUAAGCACGGCCACUUCACUAUCCGCGAUAUGUACGAGCAGUUCCAGAACAUUAUGAAGAUGGGCCCGUUCUCGCAGAUCAUGAACAUGAUUCCCGGCUUCUCGCAAGACUUUAUGACCAAGGGUGGCGAACAGGAGUCGAUGGCACGCAUCAAGCGGAUGAUGACGAUGAUGGACAGUAUGUCAGACAACGAACUGGACAACCGUGAUGGAGCCAAGCUCUUCAGCAAGCAGCCAAACCGAAGCGUUCGCGUAGCCCAAGGAGCUGGCGUCCUGGAGCGCGAAGUCAAGGAACUGAUUGCACACUAUACGAAAUUCGCGGCGGUGGUCAAGAAGAUGGGCGGCGUAAAGGGCCUGUUUAAGCAGGGUGAUAUGACCAAGAACGUAAAUCCCACACAGAUGGCCAAGCUUAACCAGCAGAUGGCCAAGAUGAUUGACCCCCGGAUGCUGCAACAGAUGGGCGGCGUUGGUGGACUCCAGAAUAUGAUGAGGCAACUGCAACAGGGGGCGGCGGGCGGUUUGGGCGGCCUGGGGAACCUGAUGGGCGGCUUUGGCGGCAAGUGAGCAGGUGCCGUGUAAAAUUAACGAUUUUUAUAUAAUUUUGUUUCCGCGUAGUUCGUAAUUUGUUAGCCAUUGUUUCCAUUUGUCCAAGACCACAAAAACUGAUAUCCGAUGUGGGAGCGAAUAUAGCGUAUAUAGCCUAUAUAGAUGUGCAAACAGUUAACAAUUCGGUUUUUGUACGGCUUGGCAGCCACAGUGUCAGUUUUUAUAGUUUAAACAGUUUUCUGUACACGAACUAAUGGAACUAGCAUGCCUAUCAGAUUACCCGUAAGGCAGUUGAACUAGAUAUAAACAAUAAAUAAAUAAUACAUAAA